UUUCGUUUCCGUUUAGUGCGUCGGGUGAAGUGAUUUGUUUUUAAUUCUGUUUUCAAUUCCCGCGGUGAAAAGUUUGUUUGUUUCCGCGCCACGGCACAACAAAAAGCCGGAACGUGGAACGAAUCCGAGAUGGCGCCAUAUCCUGGAUAGGUGUUAUCUGUUGAGCAAUCAAUAAGCAACUCAUCAAACGCGCGACACCCCCGUUGGAACGGGUGGGCAUGUUGCAAACGGAUUACGUCUACUUAGCCCUUAGGCUGCCUCGAGUGCUUCACUGGGAAUAGAAGACGGUGUACAGCGAACGUAAGAUCGAUUCCAACGAUUCGUCCUUUCGCGAGUCCUGCGAAGGAGAACCACUUCUACGAUGAAGCCCAAAAAGCAACAACCGGCGGAAGGAAGGAAGCAGAGCACCGCUGCGAGUGGAGAUGGGACCGGAGAAUCGACGCAGAAAGCAACUGAAGCAAUGGCGGCAGCUGGAAGCGCAGUGGUCACGGCACCCGCUUCGACUCCAGCUGCUGCUGCCACUACCAUCUCUGCACCAUCGUCUAGCUCUAGCUCCAAGAAACCCGUAAAACGUCUUCAAGCAAAAGCCAAAGAUCUCACGUCGGUCGGUUCGUCGGUGGAAUCGCUGCCAAGCGCAACGCCAAACACUGCGGCCGGUGUCAGCGGUUCGGGUGGUGGAAAACCGUCGGAAAAACUUCAAUCCACCAGUGCUGGUGCCGCGGCAAGUGUUCCGGUGCAAUCGAGCAAAUCAAAACCAUCGUCGGUCGCGUCCAGUGCUGGCGCGAAAAGUGUGACCAGUGGACCGUCGGAACAGCAGUCCGGAUCGAACGAUGGACCGGCAGUCGAAAGCGUUACACCGAGCAAACCAACGCCGGCAAGUAAGAGCUCAAAGGGCGCCACUAAGGCUUCUAAAGCCGAUUCGAACAGCGGCUCAUCGGCUCCUUCGAGUGCGUCCGGCAAGUCGGGUGAAACGAAGAAAAAGCCAUCCUCAGCUGCUGCUGCGAAAGCGACAUCGAGCGGAAGUACCGCGAAAAAGGGCAACUCUCAGGCGGAAAAGCGAAAGCAAUCGACAGCUGGUGCUGCUGCUGCCAUUAAUCCUUCAUUAGAAACCGGCACUGUGGCCGGUGCAACGGAAGCAGGCGUUCCAGCCCCGGCGGCCGAUCGGUUGCGCGAGAAGGAGAAAAAGAUCCAAAAGGAGCUCAAGAAUCUCGGCAUUUCGGACAAAACUCUGCAUCAAAUCGAUGCUGCCUACCUGAGGACGACGGACGAGUCCGUUAACCCGUCGAUUAGCGAGAUGGUCAAGACGAAAUCACGCACGACCGUCAGCCAGGCCAAGUACAGCGAAUCGCAGCUGGCCGCCGGUUCGUCGUCCACGGGCAACACGGGCAACGGAGGACGGAAAUCUUCCGUUACAUCGGAGGAUGCCUCAGGGACAUCGGCCACAUCGGAAGGACAGCAGGAUAAACCUGCCCAAACCGUUGGAAAAACAAAAAAGUCAGUCACACUAAAGCUCGACUCCGUGGAGGAGAAAUCAACACCGGCCAAGGGUGGCAAAUCGUCGAAAGAGGGCCCGACCGGAGACUCGACCGGAUCGAAGGCGACCCCAAAGGGGGGUCAAAAGGGCACCGGGGAAGGUGGUGGUAAACCGGCGGCGAAAGCGCCUCCAAAGGGAGGCUCGUCAUCGUCCGGCAAAUCGAGCAAGAAAUCGGCUGCGACAGCGUCCGGCGAAGGGAAACAACAGUCUGGGCAGCAAUCGAAAAAAGGUGCCACCAUCGGUACAUCGGUGGCGGCUGUUCCCAAGCCCCAAGCGUCGGUCGAAGAUCGAAAACCGGUGGCUGCCACUGAAGGAUCGAAACAAGUAACUUUUGAAACUUCACCCUUGGCUGGGAUGGCAUGCGCCGGACGGAGCAGCUCCGUGGAGCCGGACGAUCCGGAGGAGAAGAACGAGGCCGUCCAGAUUCAGAUCGAUAGCAUCGUGAAAGCACUGGAGCAGGAAGAAGAUAGCGAUACGGUGGCCAUCGGUGACACGAAGAAGGACACUCCACGGGAGGAGGAUGAUAAGAAGGAUCCUUCCGCUAAGUCGCACACCGUAUCGGGCCCGUCUAGUGGUGGUGGUGUGAAGAAGCUACCGAAAGGAGGCGACAGUGACCCGAAACCGGCACCACGUAAACCGGCCCUCAAGAAGAACUCGAGUGGAGCGAACGCCACGAAGGCGCCGCCCUCGAAGGAAGCUGGCGAAAAGCGGAAAGGGACCGCUUUCGCGGUGGAAAAGAAAGAGGUCACGUUCAAGGAGCAACCAGCACCGCCACCGUCAGCAAAGCGGAAGCACGUCAAAAAGCCAAAGGCAUCCGGUGGCGGCGGUGGCGGUGGCGAUGAUGCCUGCGGUGAAGCGAAACCUGCCAAGGCGGCGAAAGUUAAAGGGAGCUCCAGCAAACCGAAACCUAAAUCGUCAACGGCUGCGGCGGAAGGGUCCAGUAAGCCGAAAAUAGCGACCGAUUCA